GGCUCCUGCUGCUGCUGCUGCUGUUUGGUGGGAGGAGCAGAUAACGUCAGACUCCCUAAAAGUCACCGUUAAAUGGAAAAAUAAAUAUUUAGUCAAGUAGAUAUUGAUUUAUAGUGUCGUGCCCAUGUGUCUUCUAUUAGUGGUGUUUUUACAGUUUGGGAUGCUCCUCUUCCUCCGCCUGACCGUCUUCUUCUUCUCUGCGGGUUUCGCCUUGGAGAUGAACCAGACCUCCAAGCUGCUGGCGGAGAGCGGGGAGCAGUGCUCAGCCUGUGACUUCCGGGAGCACAGCAAACAGAUGAGGCUCCACAGCAUCAAGUCGCAGAUCCUCAGCAUCCUGCGCCUGGAACAGGCGCCCAACAUCAGCCGGGACAUGAUCCGCCAGCUGCUCCCCAAAGCGCCUCCUCUGACCCAGCUACUGGACCAGUACGACCCGCGGGUGGAAGACGAGGACCACGCGACGACGGAGACCAUCAUCACCAUGGCCACCAAGACCAAUCUGAUCGCCCAGGACGAGCUGUCGUCUUGUUGUCUGUUCAGCCUCAGUCCAAAGAUCCAGCCCAAGAACAUCCUGAGCGCUCAGCUGUGGGUUCACCUGCGUCCCGCCGACAUGGUCACAACCGUCUUCCUGCAGAUUUCUCGCCUCAAACCUGGGAAGGAAGGAAACAACACCCGUGUGCGGGUGCGCUCCCUGAAGAUCGACACCGACACCGGCGCCGGUUCCUGGCAGAGCAUCGACAUCAAGUCUCUGCUGCAGGCCUGGCUCCGUCAGCCAGAAACCAACUACGGAAUAGAGAUCAACGCUUAUGACUCCAAAGGAGAGGACCUGGCUGUCACCUCAGCAGAACCCGGAGAGGAAGGACUGCAACCGUUCAUUGAGGUGAAGAUACUUGACAAUCUGAAGAGAUCUCGGAGAGACUCGGGCCUCAACUGUGACGAGGAAUCUGCGGAGACGCGCUGCUGUCGCUACCCGCUCACCGUGGACUUUGAGGAGUUCGGCUGGGACUGGAUCAUCGCGCCCAAACGCUACCGGGCCAACUACUGCUCAGGGGAGUGUGAGUUCAUGCACCUGCAGCAAUAUCCACACGCACACCUGGUGAACAAGGCCAACCCACGGGGCACCGCGGGGCCCUGCUGCACGCCCACCAAGAUGUCGCCCAUCAACAUGCUCUACUUCAACCGCAAGGAGCAGAUCAUCUACGGAAAGAUCCCGUCCAUGGUGGUGGACCACUGCGGCUGCUCCUGAAGAAAACCAGGCCUCCCGCAGGAGCUAAGGCCAAUAACAGAAGCUCAGCCCUCAGCAAAAGUGUGAAAACGUUCAAGAAAAUGUGAUGCAGUAGUUUCAGAGCACAAAAAAAUGAGCAGGUUUUGAGGAUUUUUUUUUCUCCAAGGAAGUGGGAUUCUGAAGUUAUUCUUUUAGUUUUGUACUUUUUUUUAAAAAAAAAAAGCCAAAUACACGCAAAGACAGGAAAUUUAAAAUAUGACAAAAGAUGCUAAAAUAACAUUUUCACUCAACAUGUGUUCACAUGAAACAAGACUUUCACUCCUGCUGCUUCCUGUCCUCCUUUUAUAUGUAAAUCUGCCCUGAUUUGAGCUUUGACCGGAGCAAACCCUGCAGGGCGUCUUCCACGUGCGCCUUUAUUUUAAAAAACAUGAACUGAGUGACUCUGAGCCGACACGUCGUCCCUCCCUGUCCUUCUCGCUGUGAUCACUUCCCAAGAGCAUCACAGUGACACAGCGAAAAUGAUCAAGUUUUUUUUUUAAAUUUUUUUUUAAUGGACGUUGUUGCAGGUGUGUGUUGUUCAGUGUUGAGCCUUUGUUUCGUCGUGGUGGCUCGUGCGGUACGUAUUUGAACUGGAAUGACCUGCCUCCUUCAUGACGUCAUGUGUUCUGGUGCUGGAGCCGGAAAAUGAUCAGUUUUGGUGAAUUUGUGUUUGAGACAGUUAAAAGUUGAGUGCCUUCAUUGGAACAUUUUCACAUUUUUGUCUUUAUUCUUGUAUUUCUGGUGCGUCGCAAAUUAUCUUGGUGCAUUACAUCCAACAAAUCUCAUUGUAGUUUGACUUCUUUGUGUUUUAUGUGUGACGCACAUUUGCAGGAUUCUUCUUUAACCUAAACAAAUUAGUGUUAACUUUCUUGUGGAUGGAGCAUCUUUUGGGUGUUGGAACUGUGUUGGAACCAACACCAUGAUGCACAACCAGUUGUCAGAUAUUGAUCCUAACCUUCUCUCCAUGGAGCAGAAAUCUCAAGAAAAUGAGAAUGUUUUCCAGAAACGUAGAAAUCCUCUCCAGCUCGUACGAUUGGUGCAUAAAUGCCUUUGGAAUUUCGGGCUCCAACAUCUAAUAUUUAAGUGUGAGAGUAGAAACUGUGAUCUCAGAGGGAGGCUUCCACUCAAUUUGAAGCCAAGUGCAGAUGUCCUGGCUGUUGUUGUGCUUCACGGGGGGUUCUGACCCAAAAGUCUUUGUUCUGCCGUUGGAACAGAAUGUCCACCAGUGAUGAUUCAUGCUGGUGGAGGUUCUGUUGUGAACUUGAGUUAACUUCUUCAACUUUUUUUUUGUUUUUGUUGUUGCUGCAACCUUUCUGCAAAACCUCCGCUGGUGCAUAUUUGAAAUUUCAUCCGUAAAAAAAAAAGUGUCAUCUAGUGGUUGCAUCUUAUUUCUAUGAUUUCAUUGUGUUUAUUUCUACAGAUAUUGUCACUUUUCUUUUAUUUAGCAUUAAAAUAACUCCAGUGCAGUUUAAUGUUAUUUGAAAAACCCAUUAGAGAAACAAAACUCUUGUGUUACACAAAACUUCCAAAUAUAUAUUAUUUUAGUUUUUAAUAAAUAUAAUUUUGUGUUGCAUUAA